AUGGAAAUCGCUUUCUUCAAGUUAGCGAAUUUUAUCUAUUCUCUCUCUCUUUUCUGUUUUAUCUAUUCUCUCUCUCUUUUCUGUUUUAUCUAUUCUCGCUCUCUUCUCUUUAUCUAUUCUCUCAUUCUUUUCUGUUUUAUCUAUUCUCUCUCUUUUCUGUUUUAUCUCUCUCUCUCUUCUAUCUGUUUUAUCUAUUCUCUCAUUCUUUUCUGUUUUAUCUAUUCUCUCUCUUUUCUGUUUUAUCUAUUCUCUCUCUCUUCUAUCCGUUUUAUCUAUUCUCGCUCUCUUUUCUGUUUUAUCUAUUCUCUCUCUCUCUUCUAUCUGUUUUAUCUAUUCUCUCAUUCUUUUCUGUUUUAUCUAUUCUCUCUCUUUUCUGUUUUAUCUAUUCUCUCUCUCUUCUAUCCGUUUUAUCUAUUCUCGCUCUCUUUUCUGUUUUAUCUAUUCUCUCUCUCUUCUAUCUGUUUUGUCUAUUCUCGCUCUCUUUUUCUCUUUUAUCUAUUCUCUCUCUUCUAUCUGUUUUAUCUAUUCUCGCUCUCUUUUCUGUUUAAUCUAUUCUCGCUCUCUUUUCUGUUUUAUCUAUUUCUCUCUCUUCUAUCUGUUUUAUCUAUUCUCGCUCUCUUUUCUGUUUUAUCUAUUCUCUCUCUCUUCUAUCUGUUUUAUCUAUUCUCGCUCUCUUUUCUGUUUUAUCUCUCUCUCUCUUCUAUCCGUUUUAUCUAUCUCUCUCUUUUCUGUUUUAUCUUCUCUCUCUUUCUUCUAUUGUUUUAUCCAUUCUCUCAUUCUUUUCUGUUUCAUCUAUUCUCUCUCUUUUCUGUUUUAUCUAUUCUCUCUCUCUUCUAUACGUUUUAUCUAUUCUCGCUCUCUUUUCUCUUUUAUCUAUUCUCUCUCUCUUCUAUCUGUUUUAUCUAUUCUCGCUCUCUUUUCUGUUUUAUCUAUUCUCGCUCUCUUUUCUGUUUUAUCUAUUCUCUCUCUCUUCUAUCCGUUUUAUCUAUUCUCUCUCUCUCUCUUCUGUUUUAUCUAUUCUCUCUCUCUUCUAUCAGUUUUAUCUAUUCUCUCUCUCUUUUCUGUUUUAUCUAUUCUCUAUCUCUUUUCUGUUUUAUCUAUUCUCGCUCUCUCUUCUAUCUGCUUUAUCUAUUCUCUCAUUCUUUUCUGUUCUAUCUAUUCUCUCUCUUUUCUGUUUUAUCUCUCUCUCUCUUCUAUCUGUUUUAUCUAUUCUCUCAUUCUUUUCUGUUUUAUCUAUUCUCUCUCUUUUCUGUUUUAUCUAUUCUCUCUCUCUUCUAUCUGUUUUAUCUAUUCUCGCUCUCUUUUCUGUUUUAUCUAUUCUCUCUCUCUUCUAUCUGUUUUAUCUAUUUCUCAUUCUUUUCUGUUUUAUCUAUUCUCUUUCUUUUCUGUUUUAUCUAUUAUCUCUCUCUUCUAUCCGUUUUAUCUAUUCUCGCUCUCUUUUCUGUUUUAUCUAUUCUCACUCUCUUCUAUCUGUUUUGUCUAUUCUCGCUCUCUUUUCUCUUUUAUCUAUUCUCUCUCUCUUCUAUCUGUUUUAUCUAUUCUCGCUCUCUUUUCUGUUUAAUCUAUUCUCGCUCUCUUUUCUGUUUUAUCUAUUCUCUCUCUCUUCUAUCUGUUUUAUCUAUUCUCGCUCUCUUUUCUGUUUUAUGUAUUCUCUCUCUCUUCUAUCUGUUUUAUCUAUUCUCGCUCUCUUUUCUGUUUUAUCUAUUCUCGCUCUCUUUUCUGUUUUAUCUAUUCUCUCUCUCUUCUAUCCGUUUUAUCUAUUCUCUCUCUCUUUUCUGUUUUAUCUAUUCUCUCUCUCUUCUAUCUGUUUUAUCUAUUCUCUCAUUCUUUUCUGUUUCAUCUAUUCUCUCUCUUUUCUGUUUUAUCUAUUCUCUCUCUCUCUUCUAUAUGUUUUAUCUAUUCUCGCUCUCUUUUCUCUUUUAUCUAUUCUCUCUCUCUCUUCUAUCUGUUUUAUCUAUUCUCGCUCUCUUUUCUGUUUUAUCUAUUCUCGCUCUCUUUUCUGUUUUAUCUAUUCUCUCUCUUCCGUUUUAUCUAUUCUCUCUCUCUUUUCUGUUUUAUCUAUUUCUCUCUCUUCUAUCUGUUUUAUCUAUUCUCUCAUUCUUUUCUGUUUUAUCUAUUCUCUCUCUUUUCUGUUUUAUCUAUUCUCUCAUUCUUUUCUGUUUUAUCUAUUCUCUCUCUUUUCUGUUUUAUCUAUUCUCUCUCUCUUCUAUCUGUUUUAUCUAUUCUCGCUCUCUUUUCUGUUUUAUCUAUUCUCGCUCUCUUUUCUGUUUUAUCUAUUCUCUCUCUCUUCUAUCUGUUUUAUCUAUUCUCGCUCUCUUUUCUGUUUUAUCUAUUCUCUCUCUCUUCUAUCAGUUUUAUCUAUUCUCGCUCUCUUUUCUGUUUUAUCUAUUCUCUCUCUCUUCUAUCCGUUUUAUCUAUUCUCUCUCUCUUCUAUCCGUUUUAUCUAUUCUCUCUCUCUUUUCUGUUUUAUCUAUUCUCUCUCUCUUCUAUCUGUUUUAUCUAUUCUCUCAUUCUUUUCUGUUUUAUCUAUUCUCUCUCUUUUCUAUCUGUUUUAUUAAUUCUCACUCUCUUUUUAUCUGUUUUAUCUAUCCUCUCUCUUUCGCUUUACUGUUUGAUUAUCUAUUCUCUCUCUCUCUCCUUUUUAUCUUUAUCUAUUUUCUCUAUUCUAUUUCUUAUUACGUUCUUUUUUCUUUCUUUUUUCUUUUCUUCUCUUUUUCUUCUUUAUCUCAUUAUCUCUUUUUCUCUCUUUUUUUCUCCCUUUUUCUUUUCUUAUCUUUUUUCUCUUUUAUCUCUUUUCUCUCUUUUUCUCUCUUUUCUCUCUUUCAUUUCCUUUUAUCUCUUAUUCUCUCUUAUUCUCUUUUUUCUCUUUUUCUCUCUUAUAUCUCUUUUAUCACUUUUUCUUUUUCUCUUUUUUCUCUAUUUUCUCUCUUUUUCUCUCUUUUCUCUCUUUUUCUCUCUUUUAUCUCUUUUUCUCUCCUUUUCUCUCUUUUCUCUCCUUUUCUCUCUUUUUCUCUCUUUUUCUCUCUUUUCUCUCUUGUAUCUCUUUUUUUCUCUUUUAUGUCUUUUUCUCUAUUUUAUCUCUUUUUCUCUAUUUUCUCUCUUUUAUCUCUUUUUCUCUUUUAUCUCUUUUCUCUCUUUUUCUCUCUUUUUCUCUCUUUUAUGUCUUUUUCUCUAUUUUCUCUCUUUUAUCUCUUUUCUCUCUUUUUCUCUCUUUUUCUCUCCUUUUCUCUCUUUUAUCUCUUUUCUCUCUUUUUCUCUCUUUUCUCUCUUUUUCUCUCUUUUAUAUCUUUUUCUCUCUUUUCUCUCUUGUAUCUCUUUUUCUCUCUUUUAUGUCUUUUUCUCUAUUUUCUCUCUUUUAUCUCUUUUCUCUCUUUUUCUCUCUUUUUCUCUCCUUUUCUCUCUUUUAUCUCUUUUUCUCUCUUUUUCUCUCUUUUUCUCUCCUUUUCUCUCUUUUUCUCUCUUUUUUCUUUCUUUUUUUUUUUCUCCUUUUCUCUUUUUAUCUCUUUUUCUCUUUUCUCUUUUUUCUCCUUUUCUCUCUUUUUCUCUCUUUUCUAUUUUUCUUUUUUCUCUUUUAUCUCUUUUCUCUCUUUUUCUCUCUUUUUCUCUCUUUUUCUCUCUUUUAUGUCUUUUUCUCUAUUUUAUCUCUUUUAUCUCUUUUUCUCUUUUUCUCUCUUUUAUCUCUUUUUCUCUUUUAUCUCUUUUUUCUCUUUUCUCUUUUAUCUCUUUUUUCUCUUUUUUCUCUUUAUCUCUUUUUCUCUCUUUUCUCUCUUUUUUCUUUUUCUCUCUUUUUUUUUUAUCUUUUCUCUCUUUUCUCUCAUUUUCUCUUUUUCUCUCUUUUAUGUCUUUUUCUCUAUUUUUCUCUCUUUUAUCUCUUUUUCUCUCCUUUUCUCUCUUUUAUCUCAUUUUCUCUCUUUUUCUCUCUUUUAUCUCUUUUUCUCUCCUUUUCUCUCUUUUAUCUCUUUUUCUCUUUUUCUCUUUUCUCUCUUUUAUCUCUUUUUUCUUUUAUCUCUUUUUCUCUCUUUUAUCUCUUUUAUCUCUUUUUCUCUUUUAUGUCUUUUCUCUAUUUUAUCUCUUUUAUCUCUUUUUCUCUUUUUCUUUUUUCUCUCUUUUUCUCUUUUUAUCUCUUUUUCUUUUUAUCUCUUUUUCUCUUUAUCUCUUUUUAUCUUUUUCUCAUUUUUCUCUUUUAUCUCAUUUUCUCUUUUUCUCAUUUUCUCUUUUUUCUCUUUUCUCUUUUUUUCUUUUUUUUUCUCUUUUUAUUUUUUUAUCUCUUCUCUUUUUUCCUUUUUCCUUUCUCUCAUUUUCUCUUUUUUCUCAUUUUCCUUUUUUCCCUUUUUUCUCUUUUUACCCUUUAUAAAAAUUUGUAUAAAUUAA